GUAUUGUAGUAAAUGGCCUGGUAAAUAUUAGCAUUUCCACUAUUGAGAAGCGCUAUGAAAUAAAGAGCUCCCUGACUGGCCUGAUAUCCUCGAGCUAUGAUAUUUCAUUCUGUUUGCUGUCUUUAUUUGUAUCAUUCUUCGGUGAAGGAGGACACAAACCAAGAUGGCUCACGUUUGCGUCCUUUAUGAUAGGACUGGGAGCAUUUGUAUUUUCCAUGCCACACUUUUUCAGCGGAGAAUACCAACUGGGCUCCCUUUUUGAAGAUACUUGUUCAGCAAGAAACAGCACCAGCUGUACCUCUUCGGGAUCUUUGCUUUCUAACUACCUGUACGUCUUCAUCCUGGGCCAGCUGCUGCUGGGGGUUGGGGGCACCCCUCUCUACACCCUGGGCACGGCCUUCAUCGAUGAGUCUGUGCCCACGCACAAAUCCUCCCUCUACAUAGGAAUUGGCUAUUCUAUGUCACUCUUUGGCCCUGCCAUUGGCUAUGUAUUGGGAGGACAGCUGUUAAACAUAUACAUUGAUUUCGCUGUAGGACAGAGCACUGAUGUCACUAAGGAUGACCCUCGGUGGCUGGGGGCUUGGUGGAUUGGAUUUCUUGUAUCCUGGCUCUUUGCUUGGUCUUUGAUAAUACCUUUCUCUUGCUUUCCAAAACAUUUACCAGGUACAGCAAAAAUUCAAGCUGCGAAAACUUCCCAGACACAUCAGAGUAAAAGCAGCUCCUUACCACAGAUAGAUGAGGAUUUUGGGCAGAGUAUUAAAGAUUUUCCAGUGGCUCUAAAGAAUUUGAUGAGGAAUACUGUCUUUGUAUGUUUAGUUCUGUCAACUUCUUCAGAAGCCUUAAUUACUACUGGAUUUGCUACAUUUUUACCUAAAUUUAUAGAGAAUCAAUUUGGACUGACAUCCAGCUUUGCAGCUACCAUUGGAGGAGCUGUUUUAAUUCCUGGAGCUGCUCUUGGUCAGAUUCUAGGUGGUGUCAUUGUUUCAAAAUUCAAAAUGACGUGUAAACAUGCCAUGAAGUUCGCUUUGGUCACUUCUGGAGUUGCGCUCCUGCUGACGUUUUUACUUAUUUGUGCCAAAUGUGAAAAUGAGCCCUUUGCAGGUGUCUCUGAGUCAUACAAUGGGACAGGAGCGCUGGGAAACUUGACAGCCCCUUGUAACACCAACUGUAACUGUUUGCGAUCUUAUUACUAUCCACUGUGUGGAGGAGAUGGAGUCCAAUAUUUUUCUCCCUGCUUUGCAGGUUGUUUAAACUAUGUUUCAAAGAGUAAACCAAAGAUCUAUUACAACUGUUCGUGUAUUGAAAAGAAGGCCCAGAUAACAUCUACAGAGAGCGUGGGUUUCGAAGCUAGAGCUGGAAAAUGUGAAACUCACUGCGCAAAUUUGCCCUUUUUCCUUGGCAUUUUUUUUAUUACUGUGAUUUUUACCUUCAUGGCUGGCACUCCUAUAACUGUGUCCAUAUUGAGGUGUGUUGAUCAGAGGCAGCGGUCUCUAGCAUUGGGGACCCAGUUCAUGGUGCUUCGAUUACUGGGUACCAUACCUGGACCGAUUAUAUUUGGUGCCACAAUCGAUAGCACAUGUACUCUGUGGGAUAUUAAUGAAUGUGGGGUUAAAGGAGCUUGCUGGGUUUAUGAUAACAUCAAGAUGGCCCAUAUGCUUGUAGCCAUAAGUGUUGCUUGUAAAAUUACCACUAUUUUCUUCAACGGACUUGCAAUUUUUUUGUACAAGCCACCACCACCAGGCACUGAGGUGUCAUUUCAAAAUCAGAGUACAGAUGUGACUACCGUCUCAAUAGAGCAAGACCUCAACAAAGGAGUGAACGAUGGGUGAAAGGGAGACAGGCGAUUAUCCUGCAGCUAGAAAAUCAACCUUCAUUUUGGAGAACCGAGCGCCAUUACAGCAUUAUUUGCUCAGUACGGACAACGUUUUGAAAACUGAUGUUUCAUAACUGCGUGUGUUUGUUGCAUGUACAUGGACAGUUGUUUUCCUUUUAGUGGGAGAAAUAGGCCUGUGCCUUGGAAGUCCAUCGAAGCUUCACAUCACACGUGCUCACCUAUUUGCCACACCAAACAAAAGCAAGAAAAACAGCCAACAAUUAGUUAGAUGUUUACAUUUUAAAACCGCAGUGAGAAAACAUUCUAAAACAGUAAUUAUUUUUAUCUCCUUUACACUUUGUUACAUUUUAAUUUUCACUGUCAAAUAGUUUAUUGGAAAAUGUAUUGUUUAAAAAUUGAAACUCAUCAAGUUUAUGUAAUGUUCUAUGGGAAUUAUUAGAGGAAGCCCAUGAGGGCCAGGGAUGUAGCUCAGCGGGACGGCGCCUGCCCAGCAAGCGUGAGGUUGGGAGUUUGAUUCCUGGUACCAAAAAAAAAGUGAAAUGAAAACAAAGGAAAUGGAAUAACUACACCAACACUCUUAAAAGCAGCUUUGUAAAGUAGUUUCUUUUUAAGUUAUAUAUUACUAGUUUGAACUUUAUUUAUCACAGUAAAUUAUUAAACUGUUAGAAUAUUGGUUAGUUAUCUUUGUGCUCCAGUACACAGUGAAUACAGAAAUACCAGGAUUGAAUACAUCUGUUUUCACUUUAACUUAAAAAUUCCAGGAGGUAAUUUGUUGAGGGUAUUUUUCUUGGUUUUU